AUGCAGAUCGAAGGGCUCUGGACAUCAGUCAAGCUCAAGGUGAACGCUGCAAAGGCCGCUCGUCUUGUCGAAGCAUUUCGGCGCCUGCCAGCAUAUCAGCUCUUCGAUCAGGACAGCGACCCGCUCGCGAUUCAGCAGGUGGGCACCUCGGAAUGAGCCGGGGAGGACUUGGGUUGCCCAUCGCUCAUGUGUGUGCUGCAGGAUGGCCGCGUGUCGGUCCUGGAGGUCUGGAAGUCGCCACAAGAGCUCUCCUCGGGCCGUGCCAAUGUGCGCAGCACGUUUCUCUUCAUGGGCGUUGACGAAGCACGCACCCUCAUCGUCCCCGAGCUCAUUUACGAGGAGCUUGAGGCCGGUAGACCUGCAACACACACACACACACACACUCUCACACAAAAACCCCCCCCCACACACAGACGCUGACUGUCCUCUCACCUGAUGUCCAUAUGUGUCUUCACACAGGAGGCCGCGGUGUUGCGGUGUUCAACACGCCUGUCAUCGUCUCAAUCGAGUCGUCUGCCACGUCCAGUGACUGGAGCAUCCUCACUCGCUUCCAGCUGCAUGUCUUCAACCACGAGGGUAGCCUGAAGGGCGGCAAACACGCCGAGGUCGAUUUCCUCGGCAAGAAGUUUGGCUCACAGCAGGACAAACAGGUGAGAUUUGAAACGGACGAAUGCACAGUUACUUUACCUGCGAAGCCAUUGUGUGUUCAAUGCAGCUCUUCUUGCGUGGGCAGCUGGGUGAGGGCGGCAAUUUCCCGCCGGACAAGGAGCCUGAGGACGAGGCUCCGCAUCAUAUGCAGGAGGCUGACGACGAGCUCUUCGUCUCCAUCCCGUGCGCCACUCACCGCAAUGAGCUGUCAUCUCUGCGCCGCUCGGCAGCGGAGUCCGAAUGGGACACCGAGAGCCAGCCCAUGCGGGAUUACAUCAGCAGGGUCAGUCGGCAAUCAAUGAACACACAGAUAGCAUCCCCUUGUGUGUCGGUCCCUUCCUGUCUUAGGUAUUCUUCUACCUGAUGGAUCACCACGAGAGUGGUUUUGAGCCUCCACAAGAGUGUUUCCACGCUGACGUCCUGGCCGACUGGUUCUUCAAGCCACUCAGGGAGAUCCUCUCACUCGACGACCUGGAAAAUUAGCCUGCGGGUGGAUGUCAAUGGCGCAUCGAUGUGAUCUACCUGUUCUCUUGCAGAGCUCUUCCCUGAUAAGGUGGCUGAGCUGAAGCAGCGUCAAAAAGACCGUGACGAACCGCUGGGUAAUAGUGAGACAGACACAAGAGAUUACGGCAUAUCUGUCUGCGUGUCUGUCUCACUCAGGCAAGCGGAAGUACACAGACGGCGAUGACGACGACGACCGCGAUGAGGACCACCUUCCCGACAGGGCAAAUGGGGAUGGGAGCGGUCCCGGCGGCAUCGACAGGACGUCUACCAAGAAGACCAAGACAGAACAUAAGCCAGCUGGGGAGCCGUCUGGUGCUCGUCGCCACUCACCUGCCGCUCACGAUCUGAUGAUGGCGUCGCGUCGCACCACUGCAUCUGCUGCAGGUAAGAAAGCUCACAUUGAGGCGGCUCCGUUCAUUCUUUCGCUAUGCACAGGAGAGGUCGAUGAUGAGGUGACGGUUGAACAGAAUGUGAAGUGCGCCGAGUGUGGUAAGGUGACACACGAUUGAGAUGCCGAUGAUGAUUGACGGUGUGCCUUUGUGUGUGCAGGCUGCACACUGCUUGUUUCUUCUGAAGCCGUCUGUUUGCCCCUUCUUGAUUUUGACACGUUCUGA